GCAGACUAGUGUUCUAGCAUUGUAGAUUGUUGUAGAUUAUUGUCGAUUAUUAUUAUUGUGACCCAGAGGUCGAUGCACCGAUGCAGAGGCGUUGUAACGUCGACAGAGAAUGCUGUGAACAGUGCUUUCGCGCAUCUUCGCACAUCACCCACGCACGGCUCGACAUGGCUGCAGAUCUUCUUCUUCUGCCGUUUACCCCCCUUCCAGUACUCACUCCUCCUUGGCUGUAUACGAGUAAGGCCGUGCUUCAGAGCAGAGAGACGCCAUCCGCCGGGAUCUGGAAUUUGGAAGGGCAGAGACGAGCAAGAGAAGGCGGGAAAAGCACCUGUCCUGUCCACUGUGUCCACGGCUCCACGGCCCACUGCCCACUACUGUCGCCCACUCCUGUCAACUGUUCCAGCCUUCUAGGGAAAAGAGGGUUCGCCUGGUGAAACGGACUGUAGUGGGGGCCCUAGGAGAUGUCCGACAUACGGUUCGAGUCUCGAGAAGGGAAAAAAAGGGGCGGCAGGGUGGAGCAAAAUAAGAACCACGACGAUCCGAUCCAGACGUCGUCUAUAAG